AUGAUCCAGUGGAUCCUCCUGGGGAGGCCGGGCCGGGGAGAGGGCGCGGGCGCCGAACGGCGGGGGCAGCGGGCGGGCGCGGCGACCGGGGCCCGGGCGGGGAUCCGGGCAGCGACCGAGGCGGCGGAGGCGCCCCGGGCCCGUCGCCCCCUCCCCUCGGGCGGGGGGAGCCGCUGCAUGGGGCCGGGGGGUCGGCCCUGCUGCGCUGAGCGGCGGCGGCGGCGGCGGCGGACCCCCCAGGCGGGCUGGGGCUAA